CCGGUCCAGCCGCGGGCUGAGCGCCGAGCCGCGGAGGCGCGGGAUCCGGCCGGGGCGCGAGCCGAGCGCAGCUUCCCUCCCCUGCCGGCCGGCCGGGCGAAGCGGGCCGAGCGGGGCCGAGCAGGGCCGAGCGCGCCGGGGGUCGGAGGAGGGCACGGCGCGCCGGGGCUGCCGCCGGGGGGAUGCGGCUGCCUCCCCGGGCCGGCGUGUAGAGAGGGCGGGUCCCCGGCCUCGGGAGCGCGGCGGUGGAGGGGACAGGCGGCGGCCAUGGCGACCCCCAGCAACCUGGGGUCUUCCGUCCUGGCGAGCAAGACGAAGACCAAGAAGAAGCACUUCGUAGCGCAGAAAGUGAAGCUCUUUCGGGCCAGCGAUCCGCUGCUCAGCGUCCUGAUGUGGGGGGUAAACCACUCGAUCAAUGAACUGAGCCAUGUUCAAAUCCCUGUUAUGUUGAUGCCAGAUGACUUCAAAGCCUAUUCGAAGAUAAAGGUGGACAAUCACCUUUUUAACAAAGAGAACAUGCCGAGCCAUUUCAAGUUUAAGGAGUACUGCCCGAUGGUUUUCCGGAAUCUGCGGGAGAGGUUUGGAAUCGACGAUCAAGAUUUCCAGAACUCCUUGACCAGGAGCGCGCCGCUUCCCAACGACUCCCAGGCGCGGAGCGGAGCUCGCUUCCACACUUCCUGCGACAAGAGAUACGUCAUCAAGACCAUCACGAGUGAAGAUGUGGCCGAAAUGCACAACAUCCUGAAGAAAUACCACCAGUACAUAGUGGAAUGUCACGGGAUCACCCUCCUCCCCCAGUUCUUGGGCAUGUACCGGCUUAAUGUUGAUGGAGUUGAAAUCUAUGUGAUUGUUACAAGAAAUGUGUUCAGCCACCGUUUGUCUGUAUAUAGGAAAUACGAUUUAAAGGGCUCCACAGUGGCUAGAGAAGCUAGUGACAAAGAAAAGGCCAAAGAACUGCCAACUUUAAAGGAUAAUGAUUUCAUUAAUGAGGGCCAAAAGAUUUAUAUUGAUGACAACAACAAAAAGGUGUUCCUGGAAAAACUGAAAAAGGAUGUUGAGUUUCUCGCCCAGUUAAAGCUCAUGGACUACAGCCUUCUGGUGGGAAUCCACGACGUGGAGCGAGCCGAACAGGAAGAGGUGGAGUGUGAAGAGAACGAAGGGGAGGAGGAGGGGGAGAGUGAUGGCACCCACCCCGUGGGAACCCCUCCGGACAGCCCCGGAAAUACGCUCAACAGCUCCCCGCCCUUGGCUCCCGGGGAGUUUGAUCCAAACAUCGAUGUUUAUGGAAUUAAAUGCCAUGAAAACUCGCCGAGGAAAGAGGUGUACUUCAUGGCAAUUAUCGACAUCCUGACUCAUUAUGAUGCGAAAAAGAAAGCGGCCCACGCAGCCAAGACUGUUAAACACGGCGCUGGUGCGGAGAUCUCGACCGUGAACCCGGAACAGUAUUCAAAGCGCUUUUUGGACUUUAUUGGCCACAUCUUGACGUAACCUCCUGCACGGCCUUGGACAGACACGAGUAUGGGAAGGACAGAGGUGGCUUCGGUGUGGGACAAACAAGAACCACACUCAGUGAAGCCCCUCCUUGUGUACAUCUGCAGGCCACGAUGACUGAUCCGGGGGCUACUUGCUUUAACAGCUACCUGAUAUUUCCCAGCAUUGUUCUAGCUAUUUCUGACUUGUGUGUGUAUGUGUGUGUGUGAGAGAGAAAGCGAGCGAGCGUGCGCAUCUUUAAAAUUAAUUAAUUAAUUAAUUAAUGAAAACGGAUCAGCUUCAGUCAGAGUGGGUUUGGGCAACAAUCCUCUGAUUCCAGCUGUGGACAAAUGAAUGAGUGAAUGAGUGAGCACAUGCAAGGGGGAGGGGGAGAAGGAAAUGCACGUCAGCCCAACCAUGUUGGCAUCAUCACACGAUAAACUGUGGAUCAGUUUAUUUUCUGGAGUUGAAAGAUGUGAGACAGUAUUCAUAAUAAUAAUGAAGAUAAUAAUAAUGAUGAUAAUAAUAAUGAUGGUGAUUAAAAGAAAAAAAACUUACCGCGAAUGUUACACUUCCAUCACGCACGCUGACACUCCUUACUAGUUGUACCCCAAGACCUGGCACUGGACCGCAGAGCGCUGUCCUCUCCAGCGUGUCCUGCUUCAGGGUUCUGCCUCCGCUCUGUGUCAGGACUCCUGGUGUCCGGGGACAAACGCCCCUCCUCCAGCAAGAAGCUGAUGCCCCUGGUGACCUUCUCUGUACAUUUUCACCUCAGUAAAUAUGUCCAGGAAAACUGCUUACUUCUCUUUCCUUGCCUGGAGCUUCUUCACUGUUACACUCUUAUGUUGCAAUAUAGGAAUUAAUGCUACAAAAUAAAAAUAAAGCUUACCCGAAAAGUGCAUAGUUUUGGGCAAUGGUAUCUACAUCUCCCAUGGUGGGAAGGUGAGCAGAGCAUUAGAACUCUCAAUUCUCCUGUUACUGAUUGCAAAUCUGACUUAGAAGACGUUGAUGUUAACCAUUGUUUCAACAGUGGUAUUCUGUUAUGAAUUAUCCCUUAACUGAAGCCCUCAAUUUUACUGUUUACAUUAUUAGGAAAACAGGGAUAUUUUUGAAUCUAAAAAUUUAAUGUACAGCAUGUGAUUUUUGAAGUUUACAUGUAAAGUCAUUUUACAGUGUAGGUGAAAUAAUGUUUGUCAUAUUUUGAAAUGUAUCCGCAGUCAUGUUUUGGGGUGAAUGUUUUAUUCAGAGUCCAUGGUAGGCAGUCUUUUACAAUAAAAGGAAAAGGGUUUUGUUUCCUCCAGAUGUACAUUUAUCAACCUAAUGAUUUUUUUAAAAAAAUGUUUAACCCAAAUCUGGUUAUGUAAGUUCAUUGCCCUAAACUGUGCUGAUUGUGUUUAAUCAAGUUAUAAAUUUCCCACAUCGAUCAUGUAUUUACCAACUUUCCGGCAUUUUCUGAAAGGCGUCGAGCUAAAAUGUUAGACUUGCUUAGAGUAGGUUAUCAACUUAUACACUGUGCUAAAGCUGUGCCUUUGAAAUUCUUUGUUUAAAACACGAGAUGAUUUUUGUAGGCAGUUUCAGAAAAGAAAAAAAAUCCACCCUUCAAUAAUUACUUAUAACUCAACCGAUUCCCCCGCCAUACUGCCUCUUCCAGCAGCUUUCCUUCAGGGCUGUCAAGACUGCCGUGUGCCUGAGGUAUGCAGGUUUACUUCAGAAAACACGAGAUGGUACCCAACGCGUCACCUUUGGAAGCCAGCGGCAAUGCCAUUCUGUUACUAUCCACUGACUUCCCACAGAUUUGUUAUCCUCAACAGAGGAUGUAACACCACCUUGCCAUGGUUGUCCAAAUCUGGAUUUUAGACAUUUCAAUUAAUUGAGACUGUGAUUUGGUUCUUCCUUCCCAUCAUGCAUUCUGGCAUCAAGUCCCUUUCAGUGUUCUGAAGUUAGACUGAAGUUUCUUUGACCUAAGACUACAAAGGUGAGACCCUGAAGUAAAGACAAGGUACACGUACAUUAUCUGAGUAACCAUUUCCUUUGUGGCCAAUCUGUGUAUGCUUUUAGAAGUUUACAAGAUGCUUUAUUUUUGUCUGUAACAAUCUCUGUCAUUCAUUUCUGUCGAUAAAGUAUUGGGACAGAAUGAGGAAGUUUGCUUUGUAUCUCCUAGUGCUAACAACACACUCCAGUCAUGAGCCGGGCUUUACAAAAUAAAGCACUUUGAUGACUCACAA